UUAUAAACCCGUCGAACCCCGCCGUUUCGUUCCCGUUCCCGUUCCGAGCCUCUUCACCCUCUGACCCUUCCAAGGAUCUCGAGGAGCCGGGGAGGAAUCAGAGGAGGUACGCGAGAGAUGGCGGGGAAAGGAGGGAAGGGGCUUUUGGCGGCGAAGACGACGGCGGCCAAUAAGGACAAGGACAAGAAAAAGCCGGUGUCCCGCUCGUCCAGAUCUGGACUGCAGUUUCCUGUCGGUCGAAUCCACCGCCUGCUGAAAUCCAGAAUCUCUGCAAAUGGACGUGUUGGGGCGACAGCGGCAGUGUAUUCUGCUGCAAUACUGGAGUACCUAACGGCAGAGGUGUUGGAACUUGCCGGGAACGCAAGCAAGGAUCUCAAGGUGAAGCGUAUCACACCACGCCACCUUCAGCUGGCCAUUCGUGGAGAUGAGGAACUUGACACCCUUAUCAAAGGCACCAUUGCCGGUGGUGGUGUCAUCCCUCACAUCCACAAGUCCCUCAUUAACAAGUCCACCAAGGAAUGAAAAUUCAACUUUUGUUGAAUACCACAGGUGUUGUAGUUUGUGUGACUUUCUUUCUUCGCUAGUGAACCUGUAGGUAGUUUAACGUGAAUAUUGAACCUUCGUCGUAGCUUUUCUGGCUGUAGCAAUGUGAGAUUGGGAUUUGGCUAUUGUCAUACGACUUAACAUCAUUUGCUGUUCUAAUUAUAAAUCACUUUAAACCCUG